AUGAUAAAAUUGGUAGAUUUUAUUAUCCUGGUACAAUAUUUAUUCUGCUUUUGUGACUGUGGAACACUGUCGACUUCCCAACUAGCCGAACAAAUACUAAUAACAACAUUAUUAAAUGAAUAUAACAAAAAUAUCAGACCAGAUGAUCAAGUAUUUGUUGAUGUCAAUUUUGAUCUAGAACAAAUUGUAUCUAUAGAUGAAAAACAACAAAUAAUGACAUCAAGUUCAUUUAUUUCACAAGUAUGGUACGACAGUCGAUUAUCAUGGACACCAAAUGCUACAAAUAAUAAUAUUAAAGUAGUUAUGCUACCAGCUAAAAGUUUAUGGAUACCAGAUACAAUGAUAUUAAAUUCAGCAGAUGCAAGUGGUUAUCUCACUGUGAGUGAUUAUAGUUUAGCAUCUGUUAACUAUACAGGCGCAGUAUAUAUGAUAAUACCAGCACUAACAAUAAGAACAAGAUGUGACUUCAAUGUUCAAAAGUUUCCAUUUGAUAAACAAAUAUGCACUAUCAAUUUAACAUCAUGGAGCCAAGGAUCCAAUUGA